AUGGAAGAAGGCAAUUUACUAUCUUCUUCAUCAGUCCAAUCGUUUGAUGAAUCACUUACUAACCAACCCGAUAGCCCAAGCGAUGAAAAUGAAAACGAAACGUCUGAAAGGUUAGGUCGCAAUGGUGGAUCAAAAAAAAAAAGCUGGGUAUGGAAAUAUUUUGAAUCAGAGAAAGUAGUUGAAGAAAAAUCUAAUAUUGAAGUUACAUAUAGUACUUGUAAUGUAUUAAAUGAUUCUAGUAUAAAAUGUAAUGCACAAUUAAAAAUUGUAGGGGG